CCUCCCGCCUAGACUCAGGAGCGCGCUUUACCGGACCCUCCCUGCUGUAUCGAUGAAGUUGUGCCUCAAAGAUGGCGGACUUCCUGCCGUCUCGAUCCUUUUUAUCUAUAUGUUUCCCAAAGUGUCUCCUCAACAGCAGCGAAGCAGAACAGAUGAGAAGGUCUAAGGAGAUCGACAAGUCUAUUUCGAGGGAGAAACCUUUUGUAAAGCGCCUCGUGAAGAUCUUACUGCUCGGAGCAGGGGAGAGCGGCAAAUCCACUUUCCUCAAACAGAUGCGCAUCAUACACGGCCAGGACUUCGAUCAACGGGCCAAAGAAGAGUUCCGGGCUACGAUCUACAGCAAUGUAAUCAAAGGUGUUCGCGUUCUGGUGGACGCCCGAGGCAAGCUGCACAUCCCGUGGGGGGACGGGAGUAACCAGGCGCACGGGGACGCCAUGCUGGGGCUGGACACGCGCUCGGCCCUGCUGCCCUGCGGCAUGGUGGAGAGCAAGCUCUUCCAGCAGUGCCUGCCCUCCCUCCGCGCCCUGUGGGCCGACAGCGGCAUCCAGCAGGCCUACGACCGCCGCCGCGAGUUCCAGCUGGGGGAGUCGGUGAAAUACUUCCUGGACCAUUUGGACAAGCUUGGGGAGCCCGAUUACCUUCCAUCGCAGCAGGAUAUCCUGUUGGCCAGGAAGCCCACUAAAGGCAUCCAUGAGUACGAUUUCCAGAUCAAGAACGUUCCCUUCAAGAUGGUGGACGUGGGCGGGCAGCGGUCGGAACGCCGCCGCUGGUUCGAGUGCUUCGACAGCGUCACCUCCAUCCUGUUCCUCGUGUCGUCCAGCGAGUACGACCAGGUGCUGAUGGAGGACCGGCUGACCAACCGGCUCAAGGAGUCGCUCGACAUCUUCGAGACCAUCGUCAACAACCGCGUCUUCAGCAACGUGUCCAUCAUCCUCUUCCUCAACAAGACGGACUUGCUGGAGGAGAAGGUCCAGACGGUGGACAUUAGGGACUACUUCCCCGAGUACCAGGGCCAGCCGCACUGCCUGGCGGACGUGCAGAAGUUCCUGGUGGAGUGUUUCCGGGGGAAGCGACGCGACCAGCAGCAGAAGCCGCUCUACCACCACUUCACCACCGCCAUCAACACGGAGAACAUUCGGCUGGUGUUCCGCGACGUCAAGGACACCAUCCUGCACGACAACCUCAAACAGCUCAUGUUGCAGUGACGUUGCCGUGACGUUGCUGUGAUAGUUGCAAGAGAAAAAGAAGAAAAGAAAGUGUCGUUGUUAAGGGUCGUUGCUCCCCCACCCCCCCAUUCUACUUUCGAAGGACCUCAUCUCAAUCCUCCCCUUUUACGAUUCGUUUUUUAACUCCAUGUAAAAAAAAAAAAAAAAAAAAAAAAAACGACCUUUUAAAUGUUUGUGAAUUGAGCGGGGAGGUGUGGAUGGGUCAUAGGACUGGGUUUGGGGGUUUUGUCGUUGGAUAAGGUCACUCAGACCCUUGAUCUGUCACAGAUAGGGGUGCCGUUUGUUUUUCAACAAAAAACAUUUUUUAAAAUUGCUUUCUCCCUCCUGCACUGGAAUGCUGACCUGUAGAUGGCGCCAGUGUGUGGAGUAACUAACCCGUGGUAAAGGUUGAAACAAGUGGGUCGCUUUAGGGGCGUGGUCAGAGUGUAGGGACCAAUCAGAGCACUGUUCUAAUCCCUGUGUUUCUGAGCUUUUAACAUUCUGGGAAUUGGCUGCAGCAAUACCUUUAUACCUCUUAAACAGGAACCAGGAAUCUAUGCCAAUAUCUGGCUGCAGUGAGCGGAGACACCGUCUACCGGAGUGGAUGUGUAUUUCCUUCAGCUGUAGUCUUCCAAUAAGCUGCGGGUUUUUUUCGUUUUUAAAAAAAAAAUUUUAAUUGCUUUUCAUGUUGAUUUCAUUUCUAGAGUUUGCUAAAGUUCUGUUUCAUUGGAUCAUUACUGUUCUGUUUCCAACUGCUAAUGUGCAUGUGACAGGAAAUGACAAAAUGCUCUCGCACGUAAACAGAUGUGUGCGCGCACACACAGACACACAUACACGCACAUUGACACAUACACGCACACAUGCACACACACAUUGACACACAAUUAACAUUGAUGCACACACACACACACACAUGCACACACACACUCAAUUGAUAAAUGAAACUUGUGAUGUGGGUUUUUGGCCGUGAGCACCAGCAGACGCAGUACGUACGCUUUAAUCUCAGGGCUGAGUUUAGACCACUUCUUGUGUUUGAGGCGGGGAAAAGAGUGACUUUCUUUCCUUAAAUCCCUGAAAGAGGCUGACAUCUGUGAGCAGGCUUUCGGUCUGUGCUGGGGCGUGGACUGCUGACUGAGCGCUUUCUCUGUCUUACGCUUCCUGUGGUUUGUGCUGGUGGAGAGGUGUCCGUUUCUGGCCAGACGGGAAUUUUCAGUUUUUCCUGGAGGCUCUGCGGACCCCGUUGGGAACGCGUGGGCUUCCAGGGUCUGUUUCCGGCUGCUGUGGGCGUGGCUACAGAAGGGGGGGGGGGGGGGGCGGUUUGUUUUGAAUUUCACCCGCCACACAUUUGACCAGCGCAACCCCCAUCCUGUGCGGAGCACCGCCUUAAACUGACCAAUUGUGUGACAGACGUAGGCGUUUUUUAAAUUUUUUAUAAGUGAUUUGUGUACGAGACCAGAGAACAGUCAGCCCUUGUUAGUCUACUAACGCCUGUGCCAGUCUCCUAACGCCUGUACCCAUCCCCUAACGCCUGUGCCCGUCCCCUAACACCUGUGCCAGUCUCCUAACGCCUGUGCCCAUCCCCUAACGCAUGUGGCGGUGCACAGUUUAGGGUUUUCUGGGGUUUCGUUUUUUCCGUUUAGAGUGGAGAUGUGACUGAAGCCACAAAGUGGCCCCCCCAAAUCUCUGAACCACAUGCCUUUGGGGGAGCUGUCUGCCAGCUGGACCCUUGUUUAUAGUUUUUGAUUUAAGAUUGUUUUUAGUUCUGUAACACUGCGACGCGUAACGUUGCGCUCUGCCACAAAAUUAUUCUUUUUAAAUCGCUGGCGGUAACGUUGUCUUCAGUCGGAGUUGAUCUUCCUGAUUAAUCUCCUCUGUCAUGACAGUCCAGCAGACUGUCUGUGUGAUCAUUUGAGCGCCAAAGUUUAGGGCAAUGAUGCUGUAAUACAUGUAUAUACGGUUUCACCUGAAAGGAGUUUCAGUUUGAUCGCUCUCCUGUACCAGGCUGCAGAACCACUCUCAGGGCGUGGUCUCAUCCUCCUGCACCUAGAGGGCGCUAGAGUGUCCCUGUGGAGUCCGACCCCUCUCUGACCUCUGUCAUCAAUCUGACUGUUAAAGGAAAAAAAAACACUGACCCAAUUUGCCUUGUUAACUAUGCAACAAUACCUGCCCAUCCUUCUAGAAAAGUGACUCCAUUUUGAGAUGAUAAAUGUAAAUACUGUUGUUUUUUUUGUUUUUCGCUUUUUAAAAAAAAAUCCCAGCAAGUAAGCAAAAUGAUUGGCCAAAAAAUUGACAGUGCCUAUUCUCAAGCACCUGGUUUUACCCAAUUGUGGUCUUUUAGUUUUUUUAAUGUUUAGAUUUUAAACAAUUUUGCCUUAAUUAGGUGUUGUACAUGUCUUAUGGAACAGAAAAUGAGUUGGUUAUUCUCUUCUGGUUUUUAUUUUAGUUUAUUUUUUUGAAUUGAUCUUUAUUCUUCCACCUGAUUUAAUUACUGCUGUCUAAUGCAUGGAUUUGGGAUACAGGGCUAUGUAUCACCUCCUGAAGUCCCCAUCUCCCUGUCAGUGUGCUGGCUUCUGUAUGUGUCCCGUUGGAGGUGUGGGGACAGCGGCGGAGUUUGGGGGCUUUUGGGGGGGGGGAGGGGGGGGCAAUGUUUGCGAGCUGCAGCCAGGAUCUUUUUUCCCAGCUGACCUCGCUCUUGCAUUCUUUCUCUCCACCCGAAGGUUUACCCUUUCACCUGGACGGCUCCAAUGUCUCAUUUUCUCAAUAAUAAAAAAAAAAAUAACAUCUUUCCAAAUGA